AGCAAACACAGGUGACAACAGACAGUAGAGCCGCCAACUGAAACCAAGAACAAAAGCCACAAAUGGGGAAGAACAAGAAGCAAAGAAACCAACACCAAAACCAACGUAAUCGCAAAGAUGCAUCAUACUACCUCGAAGAUAACGAACAACAAAGCUAUCCACUAACUCAACCCCCAAAUCUCUCCGACCAAGAACAAGAUUCAGACGACAACAAUGAAGACCAAAACCCAUCAACUGAUAAUAAUAAUAUUAGUAAUAACAAUGAUGAUGAUGGUACUCAUCUUCCAUCAAAGUUCUCACUUUAUCAACAAUCUGUACAGUCACCUAAGGGGGAUAUUAGUUAUCUACAGAAGUUUUUUUUGACUUAUGUUGGUGGGAGGGCUCCUCUGCAUCUUCAAGAAGAUUUCUGUGGCACUGCUCUGCUAAGUACAGAGUGGCUCCGAAGCGACUCAAGAAGGACUUCCAUAGGUUUAGAUUUAGACGUCGAGGCUCUUGAUUACUGCAUGGAGAAUAACGUCAACAAAAUCGGGGCCGAUAUAUCUUCUAGAAUCUUCCUUUACCACGGCAACGUAUUGCAACCUCAAGAAGCAAAACUAGUAAAAUCCAAUCUUCAAAACAUCAUGCAUAAUGCAACACUUGAAGAAAACGAAAACGGUUCUGAACCCGUUACUAAUUAUGAAGCACUUCCAUCUAGAGACAUUGUAUGUGCUUUUAACUAUAGUUGCUGUUGUCUCCAUACUCGCCAUGAGCUUGUUUCGUAUUUCAAAAACGCCCUUCAAGCGUUAUCUAAAAAAGGCGGGAUUUUUGUCAUGGAUCUUUAUGGUGGUACUUCAUCCGAAUGCGAACUUAGGAUGCAAAGAAAAUUUCCGAAUUUUACGUAUACAUGGGAGCAAGCGGGAUUCGACAUUGUUCAAAGGAAAACACGAAUCAGUCUGCAUUAUACUCUGCAUAAACAUCAAAACAAGAAACUUCGCCACGCGUUUUCAUACAGCUGGAGAUUGUGGUCGUUACCGGAGAUCAAAGAUUGUUUGGAAGAAGCGGGAUUUCGGUCUGUUCAUUUCUGGAUCCGUCAGAUGCCUGACAGUGAGAAUAUCAAAAGCAUUCAAGGAUUUGGUGACGGUAAAGAUAUUAAAUACGAAGAAGUUACGAGUUUUCAACAGCAAGAUUCAUGGAAUGCUUAUAUCGUUGGUGUUUCUUAAUGUUUUUUUUUUUUUUUUUUUUUUUUGUGAUAAAAACAGUUUAUUUAAAUCGUUUAGCUGUUAUAUCAAGAAUUAACGUGGUGAAUCCGUUGAGAACUUGAACAAUUACAACGUCGUUGCAGACGUGAUCUUCUUGAGCAUUUCUUACCUUUUACCGAAACGUUUAUUCAGUUUUAAAUGAUUAUAAUGUUACUUUCUUA